GGAGCUCGGCGAGAUCCCGGUGUCGUGAGAACCCGGCCAGUGGGGCGCCUGGGGUCGGGCUAGAGGGGACCUAAUUGGGAGACGUCGCAAGGAUCGGCACCCCGCCCGUGCUCCCGAGCCCACAGGAGCCCGUGACUGCGUGUGCCGUGAAUGGUGGCGGGGACCCUUCACUUGGGUUGGCUGGAUUGGUGGCCUCUGCCUACCCGCUGAGAGCAGUCCCUGCAUUCCACUUCCGCUGACCCUGGCCCCUACCCCUGCAGCUCGCCUUGUGUCAUGGACUGGCAGCCAGAUGAGCAGGGCCUGCAGCAGGUCCUACAGCUGCUCAAAGACUCGCAGUCACCCAAUACAGCCACUCAGCGUAUUGUGCAGGAUAAACUCAAACAACUGAACCAGUUUCCUGACUUCAACAACUAUCUGAUCUUCGUCCUGACCAGACUCAAGUCAGAAGAUGAGCCAACUCGUUCUCUCAGUGGUCUCAUCCUUAAGAACAACGUGAAGGCACAUUAUCAGAGCUUUCCACCACCUGUGGCUGACUUCAUCAAACAAGAGUGUCUCAACAACAUCGGUGAUGCCUCCUCACUCAUCCGAGCCACCAUAGGCAUUCUCAUCACCACCAUCGCUUCCAAGGGUGAGCUGCAGAUGUGGCCUGAGCUGCUGCCCCAGCUGUGCAACCUGCUCAACUCAGAGGAUUACAACACGUGUGAGGGAGCCUUUGGAGCCCUGCAGAAGAUCUGUGAAGACUCAUCUGAGCUCCUGGACAGUGACGCCCUCAACAGACCCCUCAACAUCAUGAUCCCCAAGUUCUUGCAGUUCUUCAAGCACUGCAGCCCCAAGAUCCGGUCCCAUGCUAUCGCCUGCGUGAACCAGUUCAUCAUGGACCGGGCUCAGGCGCUGAUGGACAAUAUUGACACUUUCAUUGAGCACCUGUUUGCCCUGGCCGUGGACGAUGACCCUGAGGUGCGGAAGAAUGUGUGCCGUGCCCUGGUGAUGCUGCUGGAAGUGCGAAUCGACAGGCUCAUCCCCCACAUGCAUAGCAUUAUCCAGUACAUGCUACAGAGGACCCAGGACCAUGAUGAGAAUGUCGCCCUUGAGGCCUGUGAGUUCUGGCUGACGCUGGCCGAGCAGCCCAUCUGCAAGGACGUCCUGGCCUCCCACCUGGUCCAGUUGAUCCCCAUCCUGGUGAAUGGGAUGAAGUACUCGGAAAUUGACAUUAUCUUGCUCAAGGGGGAUGUGGAAGAGGAUGAGGCAGUCCCUGACAGUGAACAGGACAUUAAGCCACGCUUUCACAAGUCACGCACAGUGACACUGCCCCAUGAGGCUGAGAGGCCUGACAGCUCUGAGGAUGCAGAGGAUGAUGAUGAUGAUGAUGCUUUGUCCGACUGGAAUCUGAGGAAGUGUUCGGCGGCUGCACUGGACGUUUUGGCUAACGUCUUCCGGGAAGAACUACUGCCCCACCUCCUUCCCCUGCUCAAAGGCCUCCUCUUCCACCCUGAGUGGGUAGUCAAGGAGUCAGGCAUUCUGGUGCUGGGUGCCAUUGCUGAGGGCUGCAUGCAGGGCAUGGUGCCCUACCUUCCUGAGCUGAUCCCGCACCUCAUCCAGUGCCUGUCGGACAAGAAGGCCCUGGUUCGCUCUAUCGCCUGCUGGACGCUGAGCCGCUAUGCCCACUGGGUGGUCAGCCAGCCGCCAGACAUGCACCUCAAGCCUCUGAUGACAGAAUUGCUGAAGCGCAUUCUGGAUGGCAACAAGAGGGUGCAGGAGGCAGCCUGCAGUGCCUUCGCCACCCUGGAGGAAGAGGCCUGCACGGAGCUGGUGCCCUACCUCAGCUAUAUCCUGGAUACUCUUGUGUUUGCUUUUGGCAAGUACCAGCACAAGAACCUACUCAUCCUCUAUGAUGCCAUUGGCACCCUGGCUGAUUCUGUGGGCCACCACCUCAACCAGCCGGAAUACAUCCAGAAGCUGAUGCCUCCACUCAUCCAGAAGUGGAAUGAACUCAAGGAUGAAGACAAGGACCUCUUCCCUUUGUUAGAGUGUCUGUCAUCCGUGGCCACUGCCCUGCAGAGCGGCUUCCUGCCCUACUGUGAGCCUGUCUACCAGCGCUGUGUCACACUGGUGCAGAAGACACUGGCCCAGGCCAUGAUGUACACCCAGCACCCUGAGCAGUAUGAGGCCCCCGACAAGGACUUCAUGAUCGUGGCAUUAGACCUGCUCAGCGGCCUGGCUGAGGGCCUGGGUGGCCACGUGGAGCAGCUGGUGGCCCGCAGCAACAUCAUGACACUGCUCUUCCAGUGCAUGCAGGACUCGAUGCCUGAGGUCCGGCAGAGCUCCUUUGCCCUCCUGGGAGACCUCACCAAAGCCUGCUUCAUCCAUGUCAAGCCCUGCAUUGCUGAGUUCAUGCCCAUCCUGGGCACCAACUUGAACCCUGAGUUCAUCUCUGUCUGCAACAAUGCCACCUGGGCCAUAGGCGAGAUCUGCAUGCAGAUGGGGGCAGAGAUGCAGCCCUAUGUGCAGAUGGUCCUCAACAACCUGGUGGAGAUCAUUAACCGGCCCAACACACCCAAGACGCUUCUGGAAAACACAGGUCGCCUGACGAGUCCCUCUGCCAUUCCAGCCAUCACCAUUGGCCGCCUGGGCUACGUGUGCCCACAGGAGGUGGCACCCAUGCUGCAGCAGUUCAUCCGGCCUUGGUGCACGUCCCUCAGGAACAUCAGGGACAAUGAGGAGAAGGACUCAGCCUUCAGAGGCAUCUGCAUGAUGAUAGGCGUCAACCCUGGGGGCGUCGUGCAGGACUUUAUUUUCUUCUGCGAUGCUGUAGCCUCCUGGGUGAGCCCGAAGGAUGACCUUCGGGACAUGUUUUAUAAGAUUCUCCAUGGCUUCAAAGAUCAAGUUGGGGAGGAGAACUGGCAGCAGUUCUCGGAGCAGUUCCCACCACUGCUCAAAGAGAGGUUGGCUGCCUUCUAUGGGGUCUAGAGGAGCAUUGCAACUGCUAGGUUUCUGUCUGCGUCGUCAGCGGAGGGGUUGCUGGGGAGCACACUGCGUCCAGAAGUUGCCGUGUCAUGGUCGAGGGGGGUUAGGGAGGAGUGAGUGGGACCCAAAUCCAGAUGCCUUCCCUGUCCAUCUACCUGCCAUGCCUGGCCUGUGUGGCCAGCCCGCGGUGGGCAGGUGGGUGGGCCUCCACACAUCCUACAAACGGGAGGGGGGUGGGACUUCAUGGCAACAAGGGCCCCUUUCUCUAAGUGGGGUCACCUCAGGCAGCCCACUUGGGCCAGCCAUGUGGGAGGGAGGAAUCAACACAGCCGACUAAAUCCGGCUUAGGACGAAGCAGGGGGAAAGCAGGCGGGGAGGGGGGGGUCCCUGUAGAGAUGUGUACUCACGUACACAUGUGGCCACACGCAUGUGCGGGCGCUGCUGCCAGCCAGGCUGGGCCAGCUGCCCCACCAUUUCCCUGACUGCAUGGAGACAGUAGAAUUAGUGAACCCCUGAGUUAACCCGUAAGGCCUUCCGUGUAACCUGCAUCUAGAGUUUAAGAAGCUUCUGCUGUUUUACUGGAAUUGGAGAUGACUGGGGAGGGCUGGGUGGGUUGGGGUCCUCUUCCGGGAUCCCAGGGCGGGGUAAAAGGAAGGCCACCUUGGGGCUGUCCCAUCAACAUGCACACGCUUUGGACCUGCUCUGCACACUUCCUGCCAGCUCUCUGGCAGUCUCAGCCAGUGUGUCCACUCCUUGUCCCUUCCCAGCCAGAAAAGUGGAGACCACAGGAAUGGCUGGGGCUGGCCAGAGGUCCCUCUUUCUCCCUUGUGCUCCAGUGACUUUUGAAGACACUGGCCUGGGGCUUUUUUUUUUUUUUUUUUGAGAGAGAGCUGGGGGUGGCCAGAGCUGCUGACAUAUACCCCCUCCCUCUCUCCAUAAGCACGUCCAUUUUAAGGGCAAUCUAUUUCUCUUCUUCUGAGAGCCUGGUUCAAGUUCCAGGCCCGAGUUUCUAAAAUGAGGGCUGGGGCAUUUAAUUGAUGUUGAUGCAAUGAAGGCUCGUGCUUUGCCAGCAAGGAAAGCAAGAGCUUGGUGGAAAGGUGGUGUUCCCCCCACCUUGAGGCCAUGAGGCUUCCUGUUCGUCACUGCUCCCAGUGGCCCUGAGAACCCAUUAGAUUGGGGAUGUGGUCACAAUAGGAGAGGCUCCCCUAGAACCAGAGGGAGUGUGGUUUCAAGUUGGCCUUGAAAUGAAGCUGGACCCUGCAGCCUCCUUAAGCUUUUAUUUUUUCUCUUCCCCUGCUUUUUACUUCUUUGGGGGUCCCUUUUGUGGUUUUGGGGGGUUUGACUGGACUCCUGCAUCCUGGGGCCUGCUGUGUCCAUCCCGCUGGGUUCCUAGAUCCCACUCCCAUCACAGCCCUGCCUUCUCAGACAGGGUCAGGCCCUGCCUCUAUCCCAAGGGGCACUUGGUGCACAUUCCAUAAAUUUAGCUAAUUCCCCCUUCUCACCUUGGAAACUCCAGCAGGUCUCUGGAAGCCAUUUAUUAAAAAAAGAAAAAAAGAAAAAGAAAAAAAAUACCAUUUAAUUUUCUGGUAAUUCCAGUUCUUUGGAGCAUCCUCUGCAGGGCCUUAGGGAGUGUGGAUGGAUUGGCUGUCUGAUAGGCUUGGAAGCUACCCCACCCAGUUUGUGGGUGGGGCUCCAACCACCUCCAGAGAAGUGGGAGCCUGGUUCAUCAUCUUUCUUUUUUUAAAAAGAAAACUAUUUAAUUUUUAAUUUAUUUUUGGUUGGUUUUUGCACAAUGAAGUUGUAGCUUCUCAACCUUCUCUCCUGCCCAGGGCUGCGGACCCUGACUGGCUUCGAUCCGCAGAUCUGCCUGUUCCCAUGUCCCUUCUUUCCCUUCAUUUUCUUCCUCCUGCAGGCUCCAGGGUCUGUUCAUUUGUUACCAUGCUGUGCUGGGGAUUGGCGCCGAGGUGGCGUGAGAUUCCACUUGUGUAGAACUUUGUUGAGUAAAGAUCAGUUUCUUGUGAA